AUGCUGUCGUUACCAACUGUUCCUCUUCGUCAACUGCCAGUGAUUUUAUAUGACGAUGACCCGCCACCUUAUCCUGGUCCACCUGUUUCAUCGCCAUCAAGCACAAGAAAUAAUUAUUUUAAGCUUUUGCCACAAGUGUCGCAUUCCUCACCAACAUUUCAACUCUCAACUGCUUACCAUCGCUCAAUAUCAUCACUUGAACCAACAAAUUCAACACCAAUCAACCGUGGUCUUGUUGCUGUGAAAUGGAAAACUGUCUAUGGCCAAUAUAAAACUGUUUAUACGGGUAAUUUAGCUGAAGACUUUCUAAGAAUAAUACCGCCUUCAAACACUGAAGAGAGACAAAGAAGUAAAACAAUGCAUGAACAACAGCGACGUAAUUCAAUGCCUUACGAACCACAUCGUCAUCCCAAUGAUAUGUCGUCAAUUCGCCAUCGAAUGUUAGAAAAUCAAAAGCAACUAGAACAACUGACAUUUGUCAGCCAUAGUGAUGAAAUGAAAAGUUAUUUGGAAGACGAACGUCUAGCAUUAUUAUUACAAAAUGAAGAAUUUUUGAGAGAAUUAAAAAAGAAUAAGGAAUUUUUAGCAGCAUUAAAAACCGAUCAAAUGGAAACAACAUUAUCUCGUCCUUCACAUCGACGUGCUUCUCAUCCAGUGCCUCAAUCUGUCCAUAUUCCAUCGUUGAGUACAAAACACACAACUUUACCAACGCCGCCCAUCAUUGAGCAACCGAAAACACCAAAGGUUCGCGCGAGAAUGCUACAAAAUGCUUUGACAGAAAUUGAGAGAGGACAAACACCGAAAACUUCAAUGGUACCGAUCGAUCCUGUUACACACAACACUGGUUAUUCGUAUGGAAGUGGUGAGUUCAACUCUGAGACACUUUUGACACCAUUUGCCUGGCUUUUGUGUUUAGAUGAUCAUAAUGUAUUUCCAUCUGUACUUGAUUUCGAUUCGCAAAGAACAGAAACAAACGAAGAGUUCAUUGCACGCUUAAGAAAUAUGGGCAAAAAUUCAUCACGAACACUGUUGAGAAAUGAGCCUGAUAGUGAUUAUCAUGAUAGUGACGAUGAACUACAACAGCGCACUGUUAAAUCAACAACAGUGACGAAUACAGUGAGUGCAGUUACACAACUUUAUACUCAAACAAUGACCUGAUUUCUAACUUUUAGAAUCGUUUUCUUACCUCAGUGUAAUGAAAAGUUCUUGGCCAUUAUUCAAGCUUUCGUUGUGUUAUGUCUUUAUAACAGUGACCGAACAUUGUUUUAGUUUCUAUUUUUUUACAUGUAAAUAUGCUUCUCUUAAGUAAUGUCUUUCUGUAUACUAUACUA